UAUUUAACCCCGAUAGUGGAGGUAUACCCACACACACACACCGUUCAAGGCUUGCUAAGCUGGAUCUGAAAGUAUGCCCCUCAUGUGUCGUCCUUGACGCUAUCAUUUGGAUGUGGCCCUGAGAGACCCUGGAAUUUCUGGACCCCAACGGAUGGGGAUCUCCUAGUAUAAUCCCGGCCCCUAUUAUCUACACCAUUGGUUUUUCGACGUCCAGCUGCCGCUCGCAUGCAAGCCAACCCCCCUGCAGGCACCUCAGGUUGGGCCAUCUCGCGAGGCUGAAGGGCAACGAGAAAAAAGGCAAAGAUAUAAGAUGCUUAUACGAAGCUCGCCAAAUAUGUGCUCGCAAUUCCUACUUCAUCUCUUGGUCGACUCCUCACUCCGAAGAGUGGAAGCAGUUUCUACAUAGGUAUACAUCCCACUUUCAAGUGCCGCGUGCUAGCCAUCUGCCAUAGCAACAGCAAGCCUCGCCAUGUCUGGAAUGCCAAUUCGGCUGCUCCGCCAUUUGGGUGACGGCCAGUUCGAUGUUUUCGACCCCCGCCCGUACCCCGUCCAAUUCGACAUUGUGUCUUACACAUGGGGUCCCACGAUACCUGCGUACACGUGCGACAUAGCCGGCGUGACCUGGGGCAUAAUCUUGAAGCCGGAGAAACUGGACGAAAUCAAGAGGCUGAUGAUCACCGCAAACAUACAACACCUCUGGGUCGACUGCGUGUGCAUCAACCAGGGAGAUGAAACCGAGAAGGCCGUGGAGGUGACCAAGAUGUUCGAAUACUACAAGACAGCGCGCCAAUGUCACAUUCUGCUCGAAAUGCCGGAGGUUUGGGAUCCCCAGCGAAUCGUGGAUGACCUCAAAUUCGUCGAUCACGUUCUGUCGCACAUGGAUGGGGCGGCCCUCACUUCGGAAGCAAUGAUCACACCUUACGUGAGACAACGCUUGAACGAGUGGGCGGCUAAGCCUUGGACGUUUCCGGUUGACCAAGAGACUGUGAAAGCCGCGGCGAUUGAUAUGGGGCUGUUGAAUUGUUACUCCACAUGCGUCAACCAUGUGCGCUCGCUGUUCCGCAAUCUUUACUUCUCAAGGGUAUGGACAUUUCAAGAGUUGAUUUUGGGCAAACGGGUGGCAAUGUGGGCGAUCAACCCUGAGCGCAUAUCACCCAUAGGCGAAUUAUUCCACUGGAUAGAUCUCGCGACGGACUCAAAGGACAAAGCCUACAAACUUCAAGCUUGGAUCGAGAACUCCCGCGUGCUGAAGACCGGAGCCGUCAGCGCCAUCACCAGAUUCAUCGAAGAGGAUAACACCAUAUUGAGAGUGUUGCAGCUGCAAGUCUUGGGUAUUCACAGUGCGAAGACCGACAUCAUCAAUGGUGGCCCUAACUGGUGGUACGAGAACUACAAAGGGGUUAGCAACAUCUUUUCGGCAAUAUCGAUCAUGCCACGAGAAUGCACCGUGAAGGCAGACCUUUACAGGGGCCUUUUGGGUAUUUUCAAUGGUCUUUUCACGGCUGAGGAGGUUGCUCGAGAUAUGUCUGGCGAUGACAUGGAGAAGAUCUCGUUCAACUUCUUCAGGCAGCUGUCAGUCAAGACUGGCUUUGCAUGGACCAAACUCGCAAUCAGUAGCGGAGAACGAGGCGAAUGGGACUGGAUACCCAUGGUGGAGAAUUCCAGCAGCAUACGGACGACGGACUGCUUUGCCGGAGUAGUACGGCUGGGAAGGCUCAAGCAAAAGGACGAGAAGGGGUGGGCAAGAGCCCAAGCACGCACAGGUAUAAAGGGCAACCCAAGGAAGUACAUGACGAUCCACGUUACACGCCAGAGCGGACCUCCCGGCUUUCAAUUCAUCUUCAAGGGCUGUAACUGCGGUAAGAAGGUCAGCACCGGUCUAUUUGGCAGUGAGCCUAUUCCCACCCACGACCAGCCACGCAACAUCGUCCGCGACGAAACGGGCAGAUCGCUUGUCCAAGCCGCAACCAUCCUCGGUAGCCUGUUUGACCCAUCUUUUAGCCUCGUCGACUUCCGCCGCCGCUUACUGGGGAAACUGCAACCCGACUGGCAUGUCAGUGACCUCACUGCAAAACCCCUAGGCUGGGUUGACCGCUGUGUUUCCGGAACUUUCUGGGAGCACGCGCCGUCGAAUUAUGUCCGCGUGCACAAUCUCUCCAUGAACUGGAACAUGGUGGAUAUCUACGACUGCGAGUCUCGUCUCUGGAAUGACAGCACAAAGAACCUGACAUGCGAAGUGCGCGUUAACUGCGGAUGCACUGUCGUUGCGCCGUUUGCCUUUAUCUUCGAAGGCAUCACCGCGUGCCAGGAAAGUUUCUUGGGCGACGUAUCCGCCGAGUUGGACGACGAUAACAGAAUUAUUUUACAUGACGGGCUCGGGCUCGUUCAAGUCGGCGACGUAGGCCGGACUUUCAACCUCGUCGCUUUUGGAGGGGACGUCCAGGCACAUAAGACAUAUGCUACGCAGUGCCGAAGGGCGAAAGUCGACAAAGAAGUUGUACCGCAGAAGCCCUGGCCUACUGGACGGGCGUUGGUGAGAGAGGAUUUCAAACACGAUAUGAUGGACGGCAUGCGCGAUUACGGCUAUGUGGACACGGGUGGUAGCGGCAAUUUGUUGAUCAUGAGAAGUCAUCCCGUUGAUCCGUAUAGGAUCAUUGGGGUGUGUAUCGAUGAGUGGAUUCAGACGGAGAAGAAGGAGGUGAAGUCGGUGUUGAUUCGCUAGAGUUAUGGGAAGGGUAGAUGGAUGUAGCUUAAUGGGGGCGUUGUGGCAAUAUGUUGUUUCAUGGGACGAUGGGUAGACUGUAAUUUUUAUGUGAGUACGCACUGUAUUUCCAUCGCUUUCUUCCAAGGUUCGCAAUUUGUUUCUAUCUCAAUGGAGAUCCCCAUCACGGUCGCCACGAUGUGAAAGUGCUGGCAACAGGAUUUCACGCAUCAUGGUGACGGAAAUCCGAAUCCCUCAUCUUGA